AUGAGAACACGCGCCGAAGAUGGUAAUAGUAACAAUGACAGUGCCGAUGGUGAUGGUGACGACAACAAUAGCGGUGCCGAUGGUAAUAGUGAUGAUAACAGUGGUGGUGCCGAUGGCGAUAGUGAGACAACAAUGGUGGUGCCGAUGGCGAUGGUGACGACAACAGUGGCAGUGCCGGUGGUGAUGGUGACGACAACAAUCGCGGUGUUAGUGGCGAUGGUGACGAUAAUGGCGGUGCCGGUGACGAAAAGAUAA